AUGGAUUGUGAGAUAAUUUAUAAUGUAGAUGUUCCUUCAGCCUAUGUUGGCCUCAGAAUUCUCUUGGUUGAUCCUGAUAUAACUUCUUUAUCAAAUAUAGCAGCAAUUCUUGAAGAACAUUCCUUUAAAGUGAUGUCUCCAGAGGUGACGAUCGAAAUGAUAAAAAAAGCACCAACACAAGGGAUAUGCUACAUUUUUAAGAAGUCGCUCAUUUCAUCAUUGAAACUCAAGGAUGUAUGGAAGUAUGUGAAGUGGCACAAUAACAAGGCAAAUGAAAAUUCACAACACUACAAGGCUAAUCAAGUUUAUGUAAUGGACAACACAUCUUGUCCUGGGAAAAUGCAAAACAAAAAGGGAAAAAGCAUAACGAAUUGCUCCGAGACUUAUCAAGAUCAAGCGAUAGAUUCUUUAAUAGAAAAAGAUGAGGCAAAAAGGUCUAAGAGAAUGAGAAGUACGAUUGAGGAGGCACAAGUUAAAUGUAGUGCUCCUUUAGAAAAAGAGGAGGAUUAUUCUUUGCUUUUGAAAAUAAGUACAAAAAGACCUGAAAAGAAAAGACGAAAUUUGAAAUGGACAACAGAGCUUGAGAAGAAAUUAGACGAAGUUGUUCGCGAGUUAGGAGACAAAGGUAAGUGUUCAAAGACUUUAUUUUUAUCCCGAUAG